UCAUACUCCGAAACUAGCGCCAGGGGAGCCGAACAAGCAGAAGAGAUGGCGAAGUCGAAGAACCACACGGCUCACAACCAGUCGUACAAGGCUCACAGGAACGGGAUCAAGAAACCCAGAAAGCACCGUCACUCUUCAACGAAAGGGAUGGAUCCGAAGUUUCUGAGGAACCAGAGGUAUGCGAGGAAGCACAACAAGAAGAGUGGUGAAGUAGCCACAGAGGAAGAGUAAACGUGCUUCUGAAAUGUCAUUGACAAUAGUUUUGUCUCUUGCUAUUUUCUCCUUUGAAAUGCUGAGAACAAAAUGGCUUUGUUAGAAUGAUGUGGAUUGCAAUUUAACUUGUUUAGUACGAGCUUUAGCCUUGUCUGUUUUUCUGGGAUAUUACCAUUGCUGGAUGUUGAGGAUCAUACAAGUUGAGCUUGUACUGGUUCUUCUUUCAAUGUAUUGUUAUGGUUUGGUUUGAGUUC